CAAGAUUAGAGGAUAUAGACAUGAAGUUUAAGUGCGCUUCUGCAAGUUAUAGCUGUGGGUUAAAUGAACCAUGUCAUCGAUCCUGUUCCACAGGGCUCGGUUCGAUUGUCUCCUGUAUGAGGACAAAGGUCUUGCUCUUUCAGCUGGUUCAAUGAGCACCCAGCUGUUACAUCAGGCGUGAAGCAAAAUCAAGCCACCAUCCAGAAUUUCAUACAUUCCUGUUCACAAGGCGUGAUUUCAUUAUUCUGCUGCCAGCCGCUGAGGGAGACAAACAUAUUCAUAUGGGUAAACAAGCCCACUACUGGAUGCUUUGCUGAAACACUUGGAGAUUUAUCCUGUGUUGAGAAGGUUACUUUUUGAGGACUGAACUCCUUAUGAGCUAGUUUAGAAUAUGAUUUAAUUUUCACAAUACUUGAAAAAUUGUGAUUGUUGUAUGGUCUGACGUGAUGAUCUCAGCAGCUGACAUUGACAGACAAGUUGUAGUCUUAUAGAGACAGAGAUUUGUCAGAAGAAGAAAAAAACUAGUGGAAACAGCUGAGUACCGACAGGGAUCACCGUCAGUGCCCCUUGUCAACCCAACCAGGACCAUCGACAGCCUACAACCAGGGAAGAGACGGGUCAUGGAGAAGUUUUUUAAGCCUGUUCACAGCCCCUCUAGCCCGGAAGAGAUCAAGCCGCGGAAGCACCACCACCACUAUCACCUUCCCCAUCACCAAGACCCUCAGUCACACAGGUAUACAACGUUUAAUGACACAGACAGAAAUAUUGAUGGAAGCCAAGGACACCACCGUCACCAUCAACAUGGUCGCUAUCUCCAUGACUGCCCUCAUCACGAUGCCCACCAUCAAACACAGCAAUUUCACCACAGCGAAGAGGAUGAGAUACUUUACGACCACAAUACACCUGUUACUCUCUCUCGGGCCUCUUCCUCUUCCCUCUCUUCGUCCUCUUCCUCCUCCUCUUUUUCCUCAUGGAACGCAGAGGAGAGUGCAAAUGAUCCAUUUUCUCUUCGUCUUGCUGAGCUGCCACAGCACUCCUUGUCCUGCUCCAACAUCUCAGAUGUGCGCAGAGGUUUCAGGGAGGAUGACAGCAGCGAGCCUAUUGUCCUUGCCACCAUCAAACACAACAAGAACGGCAGUGUUUGUAAUGAGAUACAUAAGAGUGCACAAAAGAGGGGAAAGCGUGGUUUUGCUUCUCUUGACCGAGGUCACAGCAGAAGUGAACAAGGCCUCCUGCAGGGCAAUGAAAGUGAUCUUGGAGGGAAACCAUCCAGAGCACCACACAUCAACUAUGGACCGUUGUAUAAGGCAGCUAGUUUGAACCGAAGCCUGGCUUUCAGUGAGGAGGACUUUCUGUUAGGGGUCUCCAGGGCCCCCAAGAGAGCAGUGUCCUCCAUUCAGCUACCCAGCAAAGGCAUCCUCAAAAAAAAGGAGCCUCAUACUGACAUCCGCAAGGCUAAGUCGAUGGAGGUGUUGUCCCCAAGAGUUUCAGAACAAGAUCCCAGUGGGCAGAAAGGGAAAGGGGCAACUCAAGUUGAGAUAGAGCAGACCAGGGCAAAUUUUGUGCAGGGAAAGUUGCAAUUCUCAGCCUUUCUAGAUGAGAUUACAAAACAGGUCAUAAGUCCCUCAGCUCUCAACAUCUUGGGUGUGACUAAUAAUAAUAAAACUACUGGGAAGAUACAUGCCCCAGCACAAACACCUGGCCCAAUCAAGCCUCAGCUCCCACCAAAGAAGAACAGAGAGAGCUCAGGGGAGGACAGGGAGCAGCACCUGAAACAGCCCAGCAGACAGGAGAAAGCAGCUUGCAGCAGCCCUCGGAAACUCUCGGAAUGCUCCAAUCCUGACAAACUGAUCUCAUAUGCAGCUAGGAGCCACCACGGUAGUCCCCCGCCUCAUCACCACCCCCACUCUCCCAGCCACAAUACUCACCAUGAAAGCAGCCGUAAAGACAGGAGGCCAUCGCCCACUGGGGGCUCUGUGUCAGGGGACAGAUAUGGUAGAGGUGGCCCUUACCUCACAGAUGGCACCAGCACCAGCCCAGAACCCAGCCAGCCCAAACAAUGUCACCACCGCAAACAGCAGCCCACUGCCUCCCACAGUCAACAUACCCAACACUUCCCUCAGCAUCAGCCUCAACAGGUGCACCCCGGUCCUGGGCAGAGAGGGCCCGCCAGCUCCCCUCCAUCCUCAGCCAAGGGUGUGGGGCCAGGCCUCGGAUCUGAGUCUUCAUCCACAAAAUCUGAUUCACCCAGGGCCAGAGACACAGCCUCCACAGCUACCAACCACAGCCCGGAGCAGAGUGGUCCACACCAGUCACAGCAUAUGGGGCAUUCUAAACAACGCAGGGACACACUGUGUGAUGCCGACCAUCUCCAGGCGCUGCAGGAGGAGAAUACAGAUCUUCACCAGAACUUGCUGCAGACUGUGGUUUGCAUUGAGAGCCUGGAGGUGGAGUUGCAGAGGACCAGGGACGAGCUCAGCCACGUCAAGGAAAAAUAUAAAAGCCUUCUAGAGACCCACACUGGGACCAAGCAGGCCAAUAACCUGCUGGGGGAACACCUGCAUAUAGCGUCAGAGAACCUGAGCAGUGAGAGGAAGUACCUGCAAAACCGUGUGUCACAGCUGAGCUCAGAGUUGGAGGAUGCCCACCGGACCAUUGCAGCCAUGGAGAACAUUAAUGUACCGUGCUUGAUAAAGGAGUUGUUGGAGAAGCACUUUGAUUCAGCUGAUACCAUUUAA